CAUCGAUAUAAACCAUUGGAAGAAUCGAGCCAAGAAAUACGUCUCCUUUCAGUAUCUAUCCCCUCAGAAACACACCCAGAAAAGAUCGUGUGUACCUCGCGGACAGUCUCUUUGCAAGACAAUCCCUAUUAUUGGGCGCUGUCAUACGUCUGGGGCGGCUGGGAAAACCCACACACCAUCGUGCUAGACAGGCGUACAUUCCAGGUUACUCGGAAUCUUGGGGAAGCCUUGCACCAACUCUGCCAACACGAAGAAUCCGCCGGCUCGUUGUGGAUCGAUGCGAUCUGCAUCAACCAGGAAGAUAAUACAGAGAAGUCCUGGCAAGUUGCCAUGAUGGGGCGCAUAUACACCCAGGCUUAUGCUGUGCAUGCUUGGCUUGGA